AUGACUUAUUCCUACGGUGACACGGCUUAUGACUACGGCACGACACGCAUUGUGGGUGGUAUAGGUGCUGCGGAAGCAGAAUGGCCCUGGCUCGUCAGCAUCCAGCACCCCUGGGUACCAGGCCUGGGACAUUGGUGUGGAGGGUCACUCAUCACGGCAGAUUGGGUCCUCACAGCAGCCCACUGCUUCGACAAGUUUGAUAACAUCAGCCUGCUGUAUGUGUUGAUUGGGGCCACCCAGAUAAGUCAGCCAGGCCCUGGGGCACAAGUGCGCAGUGUCAAGAAGGUGGUCGUACACAGCGACUACAGGCGUAGCGACUACAGCUACGACAUUGCCCUGAUGCAAUUGGACCGUCCUGUCCUGUGCAGCUCCUACGUCCAGCUGGCCUGUUUGGCUAACCCCACCCUAAGAGUCUCAGAGCUGAGAAACUGCUGGAUUGCUGGCUGGGGUGCCACUACUGCAAGAAGUCUAGAUUCAGCUGAUCGCCUUCAGCAGGCCAAGGUCCAGCUCAUUGAUGUCCAGCUCUGCAACAGCAGUGACUGGUACGCAGGAGAAGUCCACCCGUACAACUUGUGUGCUGGUUACCCACAGGGUAACAUCGACUCCUGCAAGGGUGACAGCGGUGGUCCUCUCAUGUGCCAAGAGAAAAACAGUGACUACUGGUGGGUCAUUGGAAUAACCAGCUGGGGAAAAGGCUGUGCCAGAGCAAGGCGUCCUGGAAUCUACCUCUCCAUUCAGUACUUCUAUGACUGGAUCCUACUCUACAUGAACCUGAGCCCAGAUGGAAGUUCCUCUCCAUCAUCUCGGGCAUGUAGUCAUUUUUUUAUCACUUCACAUCCCUGGAGUCAUUAUAUUCCCACCCCACAAUCCUCUCAGAAGCCAUGGGUAAGACCAACCCUCUCUCCAAAACCAACUCCAGUACGAACAUUGGGCAAAGUUAACUGCUGCCCAUUUCCCUUCAAGAUUCUGAUGGAAUUCUUUACUCAAGUGAAGGAACUCCUCCAGCAGACCUUUGGUCAAAACACAUCUUGA